AGCACCGGGGUGAGGAGAAGCAGCGAGCCAGCGCCGCGAGCGGGCACAUGCGAACCGGAGUGCUCACCAACGAGAUUCCAGCUGUUGUGCCCAUACACUCGCAGUCACACGCACGGACUCACCACACUCACACACAUACACACACACACACACACACACACACACACACACACACACACACACACACCCUCACACACUCACACAAUCACACAUAUACCAUUCACAGACACGUAGAACAAGCAAAUCUAUUCAUUAUGUGGCAACCUGCGACAGAGCGACUACAGCACUUCCAGACAAUGUUGAAGACAAAGCUUAACGUUCUAACACUCCGGAAAGAUCCGCUGCCGACGGUGAUCUACCACGAGCCAGAGGCCAUCGAGUUAUGUUCCACAGCGCCACACCUGAAGAACCGCAACCACACAGGGUACAAGGUGACGUACCUGGGCAAGGUGUCGAUCUCCGGCACGCAGUUCCUCUCUGGCUGCACGGAGUCAGCGGUGGUGGGCCUCUGCGCUGGCAAACACUCGGGCAUCUCCAACGGCAACGGCGACGGCGACGGCGACAACGGUAACGCCAGCAUCGUCCCCGGCAGCAGCGCCAUGCUGGAGAUCCGCCCCUUCCAGGUGCGCAUGCACCAGCUGGACGGGAAGCCGGCCGGGGACCCCUCGGUCGCCAUGGACACCUACCAGGUGGCGCGCAUCGCCUACUGCACGGCGGACCACCAGUCCAACCCGCACGUGUUCGCCUGGAUCUACCGGCAGAUCAACGACGACCUCACCUUCCAGAUGGACUGCCACGCCGUGGAGUGCCAGAGCAAGCUGGAGGCCAAGAUGCUGGCGCACUCCAUGAUGGAAGCCUUCCGCAAGACCUUCCGCAGCAUGAACAGCGACGGGCGCCUGCACAAGAGCGGCUCGGCCUCGGGCUCGGCCUCCGACGACCAGCCCGAGGACUCCGCGGCCGAAGACUCCACGCCCGACGACUCCACGCCCGACGACGGCUGAGAACUUUGGCACGGGGUCUGGUGUACUCACCCAUGACCUGCCUAUCUAUAUCUUUCUCUCUCUCUCUCUUUCUCUCUCUCUCUCUUUCUCUCUGUGUCUAUAUCUUUACUCUCUCUCUCUAUUUCUGUCCUUCACUCUCUCAUUUUUAGUUUUCCAGUUGAUUUUUGAUUCCGUCCAUUUGACAAACUGCCAAUACGAUCAGUGUUUCUGAAGAAAAAAAAAAAAUCUUAAGUUGUGGUGAGCGAGAGAGGGAGAGCGUGAGAGGGAGGAGGAAAACGGAACGAGUGUAGAAAAGUGAAGAGGAGGAGGAAUGUUCUCUGUCCAGAUUUGUCUCUUUCACUGAUUCUUGUUACAGUGUCAGUGUGGAAUGUGUCUUUCUCUUUUUUAAAGACAUGAGAGACUGACCAACACAGUCAUGUGUGCCUCAUGGUGUGAGGAAGGUGGUGUAGUGUGAGAAGGGAGAGUAAACACAAACAACAAACAAACAAACAAACAAGCAAACAAACAAACAAAAAGACACAACUCACCAGAUGACCAAACAAACCCCAGAAGCAGAUGUCUGCUGGCAAAAUGGCCACCUCCUGGCACACUCCUCCUUAAAACCGUGUGUGUGUGUGUGUGUGUGUGUGUGUGUGUGUGUGUGUGUGUGACCUGCCCAUAAUCUCAAACUCUCCUCCCAUGUAUGUUAUCUCUGAUGUUAUACAUUCCUGGUGAGGUCAAUCUUGGGGUAGGAGACUUUAGGAGAUAUUUGCCUUCUGCAAUGUCAUUGGAUCAUUCAGAAUUGUGUGUGUGUUUGUGUGUGUGCGUGUGUGUGUGUGUGUGUGCUUGUGUGUUUGUAUGUGUGUGUGUGUGUGUGUGUGUGUGUGUGUGCAUGCAUAUGAUUAUGUAAGGGGCCUAAAAGACUAUGUGACCAAAUACCAUAAGUGUGAGUGCAGUUGUGGCUGUGACUAUGAGUGCUAUUGUAUGCCACCACAAUCUAAAAGGCUUAUUCACUUAUUCAGUGCAUUCCAGGGUUCUUGAUUGCACCCCGCAUUUGGGAGUGCAGGUAAUGCAAGGAAAGCCUGUGUCAUACACAGUAGCCAUUCAGGCUCUUUACAUACAGUAGAUAUUUACAAAGACGUAGCCUGGCGUGGUUUGAUUCUUCAGUUAGAAUGACUAUUGAAUAAGUAUGAGAAGGAGUGCUUUUGAGUCGUGUCUUUUAAUCAACUGGAAGCUAGUAUUUGGAUCUAACUGUAGUAAUCCAAUGAACAGAUUCCUUUGUCUUUGUUAGAAUUCUUGCAGCACAUACAGUACUGUGUCUGUCUUGUGGUCUUUUGAGAGCACCAGCAAAAAGAUUGUUGCAGUAGACCACGUCACUCAUGAAAAGAAUGACUUAAGCCUUUCUAAGUCUCGAUUAGGCCUGUAAUCACCCAUUCUAGAUCUGACAUAAGCCAGUUUAGCCAUUGCUUCAAUGUUUGUUGUAACUGAAGAUAAAAUAUGACUUUUUUCUGCAUUUUUUUUUUUUUUUUUUUUAGGUUUUUAAGGCUUGAACCCAUUCAGUCAAAGUGAUCUUGAGUAAUUCUCUGUUGCUGCCACGUUAAAGUGUCAAACAAAUCUGACACAUCUAGUUAUGUACCUACUCUUUUCGUUGGGUUCCUAAGGUGUGCGUGCCACAGUUGUGAAGUAUUACAUAAGAAGCAAAAGAAUUAAGUACGUUUGAAGUAUCCUUGCAUAACUCAUCAGGAAUUGGGUUUACUUCCGAGAUUUAUCCUUAGAGGUUAAAUAAUCAAGGUCCAGUAAUCGAGCCUUGGGGAACUCUGUGUGUGUCUUGGUGAUUAUCUCCAGAGUCUAUCUCCCCAAUACAGCCAAUGUAACAAUUCUCCAGGUCAAUCACAGGAGCAAGUCAUAUAUUUUACGGCCACUUACUCACCAUGAAUCUUACUAGUCAUACCAUCUGUGUGUGAUGGGAGAAAGCAUCAGAAACAGGAUCCAGGAUUAGGACCUACCCACCCAACCUUUCCCCCCACCACCACCCACGUCAUUUCUCCUUUUUCUCUCUGUCUCUCACACACACAAACACACACACACACACACACACACCCCACUCACUCACUUACUCACUCACUCAUAAAAAGCUUAUUCGGCCACUGGUAUUAAAAGCUAAGGAUUAUGGUCGGUUGAAAGUGAAGACACACACACACUCACACACACACCCUUACGUACUGUACGCAGAAACACACAUUCACUCUCUCUUUCUCUUUCUCUCUCCUCACACACUCUGACACGUUCUUAUCAUACUCAACCUACACGUAUUCUCUGCUGAAUGUAUGACAUGUCUAAGCGUGCUGCAGCCUUCAGUAGACACGUAAGAAAUGGUGUUAUUUUGUAAUCUGUAUUGUAUGUUUCUCUUUCAUCAUAACUGCAGGUUAGGCAGAAUUUCUGUGUGUGUGUGUGUGUGUGUGUGUGUGUGUGUGUGUGUGUGUGUGUGCGGGUGUGUGUGUGUGUGUGUGCGGGCGUGUGUCUGUGUGUGCGUGUGAGUGAGUACUGUUUCAGCAUAGUCAGCUAUCUCAAUGACACCUUGUGCCAGUUCAAAAUGAGAAAAUGUCAGUCUGUGUUGCCUUCGUCUCUGUGAGGCUAUGCUAACACAUGCAUGUUCACAUCACACAUACAGAUACACACACACACAAUCACACAGAUACACAUGUUCACGCACACACACACACACACACACACAAGCCCACACAUGGAUAAACAUGUUAACACACAAACACACACACAUACACACACACAUACGCACACAUGUACAACACACACACACACACACGCACACACACACACACGCACACACACGCACACACACACACACACACACACACACACACACACACACACACACACACACACACACACACACACACACACACACACACACACACACACACACAAACUCACAAAAGGCUGUAUUACUCGCUGUUAUUUGGGAAUCUAAGGAUUAUGGUUGGUUUAAGAUGACUUAAGUCUACCACCAGUUCAACAAAGCUUGUAUUGUGUCAAUAUCCUGGAGUUUGAAUAUGGGAAAACUUAACCAAAACCUUUCCCCUGAGAUGACGAGUACCCUGGACAGCAGCAACAUGCACACACAAGCAUAUAUGACUAUGAAUAUAUAGAUAUAAAUAUAUAUUAAAAAGUAUAUAUAUUUACGUGUAUUUGAAAAUUCAUUCAAUAAGCUCAUGUAAAAAACAAGAAUCUAUCUGUCUCCAAAAAUCACAGUUAUACUACAACAGUAAUAGACACACUUGGGCUUGAUUAGUCUCACGUAGCCAGAUAAGGAUAUAUAACACAUGACUGAAGGCAAGCAUAGCGAAAUGUGAGCUAGAUAUAGGCGGUAACGAUCACAGCAUUAAGGAUGCUAAACCAAUCAAAAUGCUUUGUUAAGGUAGAGCAUGUUGAAGGAGACAACCCUAUUGGUUAUAAAUAUGAAGUCAUGCUGGAGUAUGGAGUGUUAAGGGCCCCUCACACCGGGAUUGAUAACUAUGACGGUAACUGUAACCAUAACGAUAUGAAUGAACAACCACACUGCCCAACAAUAAGGAAAGUCUUUCAUCGUGUUGAUGAAUGUGAUGUCUAAAAUUUGCUGGAUUGCGAUUGGCUAUCAGCUUUUUAUCGUUCACAAGAUCGCUCUGAAAGUGAUACCCAAUGAUAUUGUUCUUCAUGUUGUUAUUAUUGUAGUAUAUUUGUUGACAUUGUCAUUCAUAUUAGCGUGAGCAAUAUUUUUUUGCCAUUAUCACUAUUGGUGUGAAGAGCCCUUUGGGGGGGGGGGGGG